AUGGAGGCUCAUCUUCAGCAUAAAAAACUUGCUCUAGAAAAGGAUAACGCAGCAGAAUUCAUGAAAGCUCUGGAUAAUCUACUUGAGACUGAUUGCAUCACAAUGGAUGAGUAUUUGAGCAUUAGUAUAAAAGCUUCAGAGAUGCCUGGUUGGCAGAAAUUGAUUAUUGAGAAGGCUACAAGGAAGUGGGUUUUAUGUAGAAAAGGGAAGCACCUAAAUACAGGCAAGUGCCCCGAUGGAAUUGACGUGAUGGAUACAGGCGGGGAUAAUGGUUCAGAUUUCAUGAUUUUUAUGAAUAUUAUUAGUCAGAAAGCACCGAGUCAAAUAUGUCGUGAUGGUAAAACCAAGUGCUUGGAUAUGGAUCGUUCCCUGGCCAUGAGAUUGACUCCCAAAAGAGGUGUUAAGACCCCUGUAGCCGCCAAGAAAAAGACGGUAAAUUUUGUGAAGCAACUUAAAAAGGCUAAGCGGCGUGUACGCCCGAAGUACAAGAAGUCAAUUUUAACGGGAAAGGCUUUCACCCAAGAUCUGUUAGAAGGAAAUCCGAGGAAUAUGUACAACCUAUUGAGAAUGACUAAGGCUCCUUUUAUUCAAUUAUGCAAUGAAUUCCGAGCCAAAGGACUUUUAGAGGAUAGAAAGUAUUUAGAAGUAGAGGAGAAGAUGGCAAUGUUUCUAUACACAAUCGGGCACAAUUGUAGGAAUCGUGUAAUUUUAUAUCACUUUCAACAUUCAGGUGAAAAAGUUAGUAAGUAUUUUCAUGAAGUGUUGACUGCUAUGAAGAAAUGGUCUGCUGAAGUCCUAGUUCCUCCACCAAAUGUAUUUGAUAAGCCAGCUAUAACUAAAAGGAAUAAAUGUCUUAGAGAAUGUGCUUUCAAAGGUGUUGUUGGUGCAUUGGAUGGCACUCUAAUUAGUGUCAUCAUUCCAGUCGAGAAGCAAACACCGUAUAGAGGAAGGGGAAGAGGAGAAUGUAGUCAAAACGUGCUUGCGAUAUGUGAUUGGGAUAUGUACUUUUUGUAUGUAGUGGUUGGAUGGGAAGGCACUGCUCAUGACUCGAGAGUGUUGACCGAGGCAGUGCGUGAUCCAUCUUUCAAGUUUCCUCUACCUCCACCAGGAAAAAUAAACUGUGCUGCCAUUAUAACAUUCAGUCCAAGUAUUUUCCAUCUUAGGCUAGUACCUCCAAUAGCAAAAGAGGAGAAGUUUAAUCAAGCCCAUGCUCGAUUGAGGAAUGUGAUUGAGAGAGCAUUCGGGGUAUUGAAAGUAAGAUUUCCCGUCUUAAGUAAAAUGCCUUCUUACUCAUUUGAGACUCAAAGAGAUAUCGUCAUUGCUUGCAUGUCAAUACAUAACUUUCUACGUCGUAAUGCAUUGGAUGAUUGGCUAUUUAAAGAUUAUGAGAAUGAGACAGGUGGAAGUCGAAGUGGAAGCGGAAACGGAAGAAAAUGCACCUCGUCUGUUUGGACGAAAAACUUACGUGAUGAGAUAGCUAGCCUCCUUUAG